GCACCUUUGGCACAAACACCAACGGGGGACAGCGCAUGGCACUGUUGAAUUUGCGAUGGCACGCCCCGCACCCUCUGGACGCACGCUUGCCGCGCAUGCCCCGGCAGCGUACGGCAGCGAGAACGAGGCAUGCACCGUCAUGUUUGCCAAGCCAAUGCAGCCCCCCGUGCGUCAUCGCCCGGGCUCCCCUUGGAAGCGUGGAGUCGCCUUGUUGUGUGGCAUGGCGUUGGCCGGUGCUGCCAUUGCCGGAACGUCAGGCACGACCAAGAUGACGCCUGCGCUUGCGCGAGCUCAAAUGUUCACCCACAACGCGUUGUUUGGCAGUGACGCGAUGAAUGCAACGUCGGUGGUCGCGCCGCCAGAAUCGACCGCUGAGGUUGACACCCCCGAGCCAACGACGGCGGUCAUCGCGGCAAGCACCCCCGUCCUUUCGACUGAAAUGGCCAAGAUUCCGCCCCCUUUGUUGACCCCAGCGGAUGGUCAUGAUGGCGGCGCCGCGGCGGAAUCCACAACGACAACGACACUGCCCCCAACUGGCACGCCACCCCCUCUCCAAGACUCGACUGUCGAGGCUACGACCAUUAUUCAAACGGACCCAUCUACAGAGACGCCUGCUACAAUUGCCGCUGUAGUGACUGCACCAAACGCGGAAGAAGGUCAAACAACGCAAAGGCCGAUGCCGGACACCCCUGCAACGACCACUCGUCUAACCACGACCGUCGUCGAACCGAAUCUGAACUCGCCAUUCCCAGCAACCGAGAUCCCCAUGACCGCACCAGCGACGCCCAUGACAACUGCGCCGACGCAAGUGUCGACGGAGCCAUCGACAAACGCGCCAACUUGGACGGCGACAAGCGAUAUACCUGCACCCCCCACGGAAGGCGCCUCCGCUACGCCUUCACCUGCGAUCACUGUGGCCGAACCUGCGCUUGAACCAACAACGGAGGCCCCCGUGCUCACUCAAACCACCGCCCAAUCGCUGGCCCGUCUGCGCCGACCGCUGGAGAUGGAACGACCUCUUCUCCACCUCCCUCAGAGCCGACGGACGAGUCGACAACCCAGCCAGUCGUUGAAACGACAGCUCGUCCCACCACGACCAUACCGACCGCCCCCGAGCCAACACCUUCACCAACUGAACCAACCACAAGUAGCCCUGUGA